CAUGCUCCACGUGUUUUUUCGAUACAAAAAUAUAACCUCAACGUCUGUUCUAAACAACUUGAUCCAUUUAAAAAUUGAUCAUUUAUCAAAUGAAUUAUACAUUUUGAUGUAAAUUUAAAAAUGGGUAGAAAUAAGAGGUUUAAUUCAAAAGCUAGGAACGUUCCUGAAAUAAAAAUCGAUAAUUCUUCUGUAGAUAAGAUAUCUGUAGAUAUCACACAUAGAGAUGAAGAAUUUGAUUCAUGUAAUGCAUUAGUUUUGCCCAGUGAAAAAAGGAAAACAAAAGUUAUUAAAGAUAAAGCAGCAAAAGCUGAACGUUUUUUAUCUAAGAAGAAAAGGAAACAGCUAGAAAAAGUUAUCGAGAGAAAGAAAAAGAAAAAAGACAGAGCAGCAUUAGUUGAAGAAUUGUCAAAAACAAAUGUUCCUGAUGAAGAAUUAAAAAAAUAUGUAUCACUCACAGCAAUUCAGACUAAAGGGUUGAAAAGACAUUUACAAGAAGAAGAAUUGGAAACAUAUAUAAAUUCUAUUAAAUUUUCCACAAAUAAAGAAUUGAAUGAACCUGUUGUAAAUGCAUUGAAAGGUGCUAAGAAAAGGAGAAUUACUAUAUUAAGUGUAGUCCAACAACAAAAUAAUUCCAAAGAUCCAAAUGUGUUAGACAUUGAUACAACAAGUGACAGUGAAAGUGAAACUUAUGAGAAUGAAGAAAAUGAAAAAGAUAUUGAAAUACAUAAUGAUAAUUCAAAAACUCAAGAACAAAAAACAAAAACUAACAAUGAAAAGCCAGAACAAAAAGAAAAAUUAGAGGACAUUACUGAUAAUUUUGAUGAAAAAGGUAUUGAUGAGAUAGUAAAUAAACAAAGUGCCCAAAAUUCUAUUCCAAAUGUGAAUAAAGAAGAUUCUAAAAUUGCAAAAUAUACUGUUGCCAAAAUAAUAGAUAAAAAGCCUGCAGUGUUUGUUAGUUUAAAUCGAAAAUCCGAUAUACAGGAAGCUAGGUUAAAGCUUCCAAUUUUAGCAGAUGAGCAGAUUGUAGUUGAAGCUAUCAAUGAGAAUCCUGUUGUUAUAAUAACUGGAGAAACUGGAAGUGGAAAAACUACACAGGUUCCACAAUUUCUUUAUGAAGCGGGUUAUGCAAAAGAGAAAAUGAUUGGUAUUACAGAACCUAGAAGAGUAGCAGCAAUUUCAAUGAGUAAGCGUGUAGCAGAAGAAAUGAAUCUCACAGAGAAAGAAGUUUCUUAUCUUAUCAGAUUUGAAGGAAACGUUAAUCCAGAGACAAAAAUUAAAUUUAUGACUGACGGGGUUCUUUUGAAAGAGGUUCAAAAUGAUUUCCUUUUAAAAAAAUAUUCAGUUAUAAUUUUAGAUGAAGCUCAUGAACGUAGUGUCUAUACUGACAUAUUAAUAGGUUUAUUAACUAGGAUAGUUUCAUUACGAAGCAAAAGAGAAGAACCAUUAAAAUUAAUUAUAAUGUCAGCUACUCUGAGAGUAGAAGAUUUUAUUAAUAAUCCUCGAUUAUUUAAAGUCAAACCCCCAGUAAUAAAUGUUGACUCAAGACAGUUUCCUGUAACAAUUCAUUUUAAUAGACGAACUGAUGAAGAUUAUGUGAAAGAAGCAUUCAGGAAAACGGUGAAAAUACACACUCAACUACCAGACGGUGGGAUUCUGGUAUUUUUAACUGGCCAGCGAGAAGUAAAUACUGUAGUUAAAAGACUGCGCAAAGCAUUUCCGUUUAGAAAAAAGAUAUGGACAAAUAAUUCAAAUGAUAAGAAAAAUCAGGAAACAUCGACGGAUGAAAGAAAUGUAAUUGAUAAUGAUUAUGAUUCUGAAGAUGAAUUUUUUUCAAAAGGUUCUAAAAAUAAACAUAAAAAAAUACCACAAACAGUAAAAUUACCGCAAGUGAAUCUCGACCUUUACAAUGCGAUUCCGCCCGAUGAUGGUCAGGAUGAUUUAAUAGAUAUUGACAAUGAUAAACUCUAUGAUGAGCUCGACGACGAUGAAGAUGAAGUAAUUGAUUUAGACGGAGCGACUAAUCUGCAACCAAUGUGGGUGCUACCACUUUAUUCUUUACUUCCUAGUUAUAAACAAGCAAAAGUAUUUGAACCACCUCCUGACGGUUGUCGCUUGGUCGUAGUAUCGACAAAUGUUGCUGAAACUUCUUUAACUAUUCCUAAUAUAAAGUAUGUCGUAGAUAGUGGUAAAACUAAAAUAAGAAUGUAUGACAAAGUUACUGGUGUAACUACUUUCAUGGUAACAUAUACCAGUAAAGCUGCUGCUAAUCAGCGUUCUGGUAGAGCCGGAAGGUUGGGUCCUGGUCACUGUUAUAGACUUUAUUCAUCAGCGGUAUUCAAUGAUCAGUUCCCGCAAUUUAGUGAACCAGAAAUCUGUAGAAAGCCUGUGGAUGAUUUAUUGUUACAAAUGAAACUAAUGAAUAUAGAUAAAGUUGUGAAUUUUCCAUUUCCGACUCCACCAGGAGAAGAACAACUUAAAAUGGCAGAAAAAAGAUUACGCUUAUUAGGCGCUCUCCAACAACCUAGUGUUAUGCAAAAGAAAGAUUUAUAUUGCGCAAAAAUAACUGAUUUGGGAAAAAGCAUAGCUGCUUUUCCGGUCUUACCACGUUAUGGUAAAAUGUUGGCUCUUUCGCAGCAACAUAAUCUUAUUGCUUACGCAAUAUGCAUGGUAGCAGCUUUAUCAGUACAGGAACUUUUAGUUGAAGCCUUUGGAAUAGAUGACAAUGUAAAAACUAAGUGGACGCAAAUCCGUAGAUCAUGGGUUGGUACUGGGAAUAGUUUUCUUUUAGGUGAUCCAAUGGUUUUGAUUAGAGCAGUUGGAGCAGCCGAGUAUUCGUCAACGAAAAACAAAAUGUCAAAAUUUUGUGAAGAGAAUGGUUUACGCGAGAAAGCUAUGAUUGAAAUAAGGAAACUGCGUUGCCAAUUGACAAAUGAAAUUUUAUUAGGUGUGCCCGAUUUGAAAUUGACCAUUGAUCCAAAAAUGCCACCUCCCACCGAUACCGAAGCAAAACUAUUACGGCAAAUUAUUUUAUCAGGUAUGACUGACCAGGUAGCGCAUAAAUUAUUACCCGAGGAAGUAAAAGAAUACAAUACCAAAACCGAAGGCGACAAAAUUAAGUGGAAAUACGCUUACAAAACCUUAGCAAUGGAAGAUCCAGUCUUUAUGCAUUCGUCAUGUGUAUUACGUAAAUCAGCUCCUGAGUGGGUGGUAUAUCAAGAAGUUUAUGAAACAAAUAAAAUUUAUAUCAGAGGUAUUACUGCUAUUGAACCCGAAUGGUUACCAAAGUUUGUUCCAUCACUGUGCUCUCUAAGCGAACCUUUAAUUGACCCUCCUCCUAGAUAUGAUGCAGAACUCGGAAAAGUAUUAUGUCACAAAACUGGAACUUUUGGACCAGCUGCAUGGGAAUUACCUACUGUCGAAGUAGAAUUUCCAAAUGAUUUUGAAGGAAUUAAGUGGUUUGCGAAAUUUCUUCUUGAGGGUGAAAUUUUUCCAAAAUUGAAAAAAUAUGUACCUAUUUUAUUAUCUACACCAAGCAGUCUCAAUAAGACUUGGGCAAAACUGCUGCCGCGAGUUGAAAUUAUAACAAAGCUACUUUUGUCAAAAGGAAUAAUGUCUAAAGAUAAAUUGAUUGAAGCAUGGAAAGAAGAUCCACAAUUUUUGUUAUCAGCAUAUCAGAAGUGGUUACCCGAAUCGGCGCAUGCUGAAGUAAUGUUAAUGUGGCCUCCUUUGGAAACGUGAAUUAAAAUUUUUGUUUGUAAAUAUAGAUGUAAAAUAAAUUUUGAUAAAAAGUCUGUAUGUUAUUUGAAUAAAUUUUAUUUUAGAU